AUGGAGAUUGUCAGUUCAUUCAGUCCUCGCCAAGAAGCAGCAGGCGAAUUGCAGAGGAUCGGAAGAGAGGUUGGCAACACGGGUUUGGAGUCUGGGUCGAGGGCUAGAUCUGAUUCCCGGACAAGCGAGCAAACAUCUCGGCCCUCCACACCGGGUUUGGGCACUUCGUUCCGGCAGCAUGCUGCCGACGAUGGCAUCUCUGGCAAACCGUUUGUCCGUGCUGGACUCCGGCAGCGACCCCAAGAUGCGCUGGCGACGUCUUUCACUCCUUCAGAUCAGUCGAAAUCGAAUGAUUCCGAAAAUCAAGAUGCGAGGCGCUCGUUCACUAUGCCAGAGCCACCCAGAGCCAGAUCGAACACUACGCAAGCUAAAAUUGUCAGCGAUGAAAGUUACAGGAGGGAAGCUGUCGACGUUGUUGUCGGCAUCUCCCGGCUGCAUAUGGUGUCCAUCCCGGCUCUGCAAAUGAAGCCCAUUUACUGGUCCCCUGUGAACGACAUUGCAAUGGUCCUACGUGCCACCUGGUUCUACAGAGAUACGAUGCUACCAAUACCCCCAGCUGUGGCAAAUCAAUUAGAGGCUGGCUACCGAGAGCUCAAGCCUCACACCGAGACGUGGAAUGAUGAGCUCCGUUGCGCCGUUGAUGUAGGGCCUCUUGGCGAGGAGAAAGUCUCACAUCGACUAUGGCCAGAGAACGUCAGUCAACCUAGCGACGGAGACAAAGAGCCAGUUUCGGACACUCGUAUCUCAUCAGAUCCGUUCUGUGCCGCAAGCUGCUUCCGUGGGGAAGCGGCAGCAGAGGGUACCAUCGACCCAAAUCUGAAGACGGUCUCGGGUACGCAACAGCAUCGAAGCUACGCAACUUACCAUGUCAUCUAUAAAGAUGCCUCUAAGGCCUUUCUCCUCAAACCUAGCCUCAAACCGUCUGCCUACUACGGAAGGAGACCUGUUGCGAAGAUUAUGAAGGGGAUGACUGUUGGCAUUCCAGUUGUACGUGGCUUCGAUCGUGCGGUCUGGGAGCGUACACAUGACAAGAAUCGGCCUCGAGAAGCCGCCCAGCAACCAGCUUCUUCCGCCACUAACACGAUCGAGGCUGUCGGACAAGACGUCUGCCCGGCCUGCAAGGCCGAAAAAGAGCGCGGCCAGGUUACCGAUCUCGUGUUGGUGGUUCACGGAAUCGGUCAAAAAUUUGCGGAGCGAGUCGAAAGCUUCCACUUCACCCAUGCCAUCAAUGCUUUUCGGCGUGAUGUUAACGCGGAGUUGGCGAACCCAAUUGUCAAGGGAGUUUUAAGAGAUGGCCAGAAUGGUAUCAUGGUGCUCCCUAUCAACUGGCGACAUACACUAUCGUUCGAGGAAGGCGGUCCAAUGACAGAGGAAGACAAAGCACAACACGUGCCAGACGGGUUCAGCCUCAAAGAUAUCGAGCCUGGCAGUAUUCCCGCAGUGAGGAGCAUGAUAUCAGAUGUGAUGUUCGACAUACCCUUCUAUCUAUCUCACCAUAAGGGCAAGAUGAUCAACGCGCUGGUGACGGAGGCCAAUCGCGUAUAUCGCCUCUGGUGCCGCAACAACCCCGGAUUCGCAGAUAGAGGUCGGACUCACCUCAUUGGGCAUUCUCUGGGUAGCGCCAUGGCUAUCGAAAUUCUCUCUCGGCAACCCGCACGUGUUCCGUCACUAGACCUCUCAACGAGAAUGCCGAAGCCCGACUUCUUUGAAUUCGACACGAACAACUUAUUCUUGGUUGGAAGCCCCGCUGGUUUCUUCCUGCUCUUGGAACGAGGCAUGCUUCAACCUCGGCGCGGUAGGGUGAAGCCUGGAGCUGAUCCCGCGGACAUUAAUGCGCCAGAAGUAACGGGCGAGGCCGGCCGAUAUGGUUGCAUCGCCGUAGACAACAUCUACAAUGUAUUGGCCAAGGAGGAUCCCAUCGCAUACCUCCUGAAUGGUACCAUCGAUCCGGUUUAUGCAACCAGUCUGAGAACAGCACAUGUCCCUUCAAGCGCCACCUCCCUUUUUAGAUACGUUGGCAAUGCAGUGAAGAGUCUUGUGCCCGGCGCAGCACCUACGCCAGCCACCAUUGCCCCUCCUCCGACGCCAAAACCAAAUUUUGCGCGCCUGCCUUCGCAGCUCGAGCUCGAGGUUCACGAUUUCACGCGAGAGGAGAUUGCAGAGCGAAAGGCCUAUCUCCUUAAUGACAACGGCCAGAUCGACUACUACCUGAGGUUCGGCGGUGGGCCGUUGGAGAUCCAGUACCUCAACAUGCUUAGCGCGCAUACUUGCUACUGGACGAGUCGGGACUUCAUUCGCAUGUUGUGCAUGGAAGUGGGCAGGAAACCUGGCAGGGAGAACACGAUACCUGCCAUGAGAGCUCAAAAGGCGGCCAAGAGGCCGCUCGGGUGA